AAAUAUUUUGAUAAAAGAAACUAUUAUUAAAAUAAAAAAAGGAAUGUCGCUACAUUUCACAACUCGCAGCAAUACGUCGAUAAACCAAAAAGGUAGUGAUGAAGGCCGGAAACAAAGUGCAAUGCGAUCUUCGCUGAAGAGGAAGUCUGUCAGUUCGAUAUCCUCGAACGGUUUACUCGAUGGAGGCUCUGAUUCUUCGGAUACAUCACAACAGCGACGAGCUCAUUUCGACCAAAAGAACAUCGAUCUGACAUAUAAACCUGUAACUAAGGACUAUGGAUAUAUACAGAUCAAACAAGCGGCCACACCAUUUCCACGGCGAUCAUCGACCAUACGUUUGAGCGUUGCGGAAAAGAGAAAGAGCAAAGAAUUUGAUGUAGAAACGAAAAAACUCAUCGACCCAAUUUUGCCACGUGAUUUCAGCAUAAUAGAAUUGCGAACCGGCGAUGAAGCUGCUGACUUUGUAACUAAACGUCAGUUAUUCUGUAAAGGUGAAUUUACCAUAACACGACAACGGAGAUCAAUGCAGGUUCAUCCGCCACUGAGAAAUAUCGAUGAGGCAGCAAGCGCUCGUAAAAGCUCCUCGAACCUCAAUUUAACUAAGUUCUUCCGCAAGCAUUAUCACCAACGGGAGAGUCCAAUUUUUGAUUGAAUGAUGUUUUCCGCCUUGGCAACAACAACAUUAUGUACACAUAUACAUAUAUACGCAAGUAGAACAUAUGCAUAUUGGUCUAAUAUGCCUGACAAUUAUUCAAAUUCAAUGUGAACCAUCCACGUGCAUAUCAAUUUUCCAAAUGUACCAGGUCCUUACACUUUA